AUGCGAGAUGGGAAGCCAGUGGCCAGAGGUCAAUGGGAGGACGGAGCAGUGGCAUACAACCGGGCAACGUAUGCCUGCGCAAAGAGUGACGCGUGGGAGCAGGCUCUUCAAGUGCUGUCAGCAGCCUCCGAGAAGCAAGUACGGAGCUACGCCAUAACAUACAAUGCCGCGAUCAGUGCAUGUGAGCGGCAAGAGGAGUGGCUGCAGAGUCUCUCUUUGCUUUCCAUGGCCCAUGAACAACUCGUGGACAUGGAUCUUGGAGGCUAUAACAUGGCCAUGUCUGCCUGCACCAAGUGCAGCCACUGGGAGCAAGCCUUGGACUUAAGCCAAGUGCUGCAGAGGCAAAGGCUGCAUGGAGAUGCCAUUACACUCCAGCUUACUGUGAAGGCUGCCGAGCAGGGGUGCGUCUCAGAGAUGAUGGCAAGACGGCUGGAAUGCAGUGGCAUGACGUGUGGUGCAGCUGUCAGCACGUGCGCAUCCCAAGCUCAGUGGCAAGGUGCGCUACAUUUGCUAGAAAUGCCAGAAGUUGAAGAACAGCAUUCUGUCAUCACGCUGACCAAAGCCAUCUCCGCCUGCGCUAGAAGCUUGCGCUGGGAGCUUGCCCUUGCAGUAGGCCAGGGCCAGGGCCAACAGGGCCAGAAGGGCGAGGACCCACUGGCAGGGCAACCGGACUUGCUGCUCUACACCACCUGGAUGAAUGCCUUGGAGCGGGGCGCGGAGCACGGGGCAGCCUGGCGGCAGGCCGUUUUACUUCUGGAUGGCUUAGUCCAGGGCGGCUUGGAUCCAGAUCCUCUGAUCUGGUCGGUCUUCGUCAAAAUUUGCGAGGAUGCUGGGCAACCAGCGCUCUCCUUCUUGACGCAGAUGGACAGCCAAGAUGGUGAUGAUGGCAUGCUCAUACUCACUGUGAAAGCGAUGGGAGAGGAGAGUGGCAGCGGGUCCUUCAGCUACUUGACCGAAGUCAGAACGGCACAGCUGAGAAAGCGGUCGAUACAGCGGGACCAGUUCACCUACGCAACAGCAAUCGAUGCCUGUUCUGGAACAUCUGCUGUUGCGCUGCUGGACCAGCUCGAGGCUGAAAGCUCACAGCUUGGCUCGGUGGUUUACACCAGCGCCAUGCGAGCAAAUCUCAUCACAUUCAACACGCUGCUGGAUGCGUGUGGGAAUGGUGGGCAGUGGGAGGGUGCAUUGCAAGUUCUUGGCCAACUGCG